AUGCCCAACUCUAACACAAAAUCUCCCAUCGCCCCUCCUCAUCCUACCUUAGACCCAAAAACCGACCUGGUCGACCCCUCUCGCUCCACCCUCUCCCUCACCAUGAUCCGCUCCCGCUCCCUCUCCAUCUCCCACGCGCCUACGCUCGACUCGCUCACCCUUGCCCAUAUUCUCAACGGCGAGACAUGCCCCCCAAUCGCCUUUCCGGACUUUGCGGCCUUUGUCUCCCACAAAGAGUUCACGACCGAGAACCUACUGUUCGUCAUGUGGUUCAGGUCCUAUCGGCAUCGUUACGCGCAACUGCCCAAGGAAGUGCAGGAUGCGAUACCUGUCCCCUCGGCGCGCAUGGGGGAUAGGUACACUCCGUUCAAGUACCUCGACAGUGAGAUGGUGGAUGGGGUCAUGGGCGGCGGAAGGGAGAGCAUCGAUGCCAAGGUGGAGUUUGAUUCCUCGACGCCAAAGAGGGACAAUCCCAGGCGUGUCCGGCACUACAAGGAGGGAGAGUUCCAGCCAUGCGCGUGGUCGGCCGGAAGGGGGUGCAACUGCGGUAAUCCGGCGGGACACAAGCACGACUCAAAACCACAAAAACGGCCAUGGUUCGGUCGGCGCAAAUCAUCAACUCUGUCCAAUCUCGACGCGUCUACGUCUCCGUACAAGGUCGCGCCGAUCCUUAAUCCGGCGUCAGCGUACCCAUCAUUACCCCCGCCCGGGACCAAGAUGAUGCCGGCAGAAGAGCAGCCAUUGCGCGCAGAAGCGGAAAGGGCGUUUGGGACAUUUCUCAAGAAGGGAGGGACGAGGGAGCUGGGUAUCAGUGAUGAGUUGAGGGUGUUUGCGAGGGAUACAUUAGCGAGGAGUACAGCCCCAAAUUGCUUCUUACCUGUCUUUGAGGAAAUUUACCAUACCGUCGAAACGCAAUCUCUACCACAUUUCAUCUCCCAAGCAAAAAUGAACAUUAACCGACCUAAGCAGAUCUACUGGUAUAUGGUCGGUCUAGCAGACUUCCUCCUCGGCGUCACCAUGUUCCUCCUCCUCACCCUCUUCGUCCCCGAACGGAACUACGGCUACCGCAUCACCCGACUCCCGUGCAUCAUCUUCACCUCGUUCGGGGCCAUGCAGUUUCAUUCUGCCGCCCGGGGCUUCUGCUCGCAGAUCUGGGGACGGGCGAGUCGACAGGUCCGACCGUGGGAGUUGGACAGUAUGGACGGGGACGAAGAGGCAGCGGCCGGGCGGGAGAUGGAAGAGGUGGAGGUGUUGCCCUUGACGGCGCUGACGGGGCUGGGGCUCAAGGGGCUGGACAAGAGCGUGGUGGAUGUGCAUGAUGCGGAGGGAGGCGAGUCGAAGCGGUCGUCGAGGGAUACGGCGACCGGAGCGGUGGAGUCGAGGGAGCUGGAUAUGGACAUGGACAUCACCCUUCCGGCGGGCGUACAUCCCCUCGGCGAGCUGGUCGGGGUAUUUCCAGAAGACCCACCGCCGGCGGGCUUGUCGAGUCCGGCCUUCUCGUUCGGAUCGCCCUCGACCUUUGACCCCGAGGCGUGGCGGGCGCAAAACCAAGAAGCGGGAGAUGAGGUGGGCGAGUCGUCCGAGUUUCACCGGAGGGAAGUGGUCGUCAGGCGCGAAACGAUCAAGGUACCCGACGCGACGCAGGCGUUCCCUAUCAUCGACCAUCAGCCUAAAUCACCUACCACUCCGAAUUCCGCCGUUCCCCUCAUGAUCGCUAGAGGCGGUAGCGCUAGCGGUCUCGCCUCUCCUCUUCCCUUAUCAGCCACAACCGCUCCGCCCUCCUCGCUCGACACCGAUAUCUCCCCAUUUGCAUUUUCGGAUCCCACCUCCUCCUCUUCUCCUUCCGCCCCUAUCCGCUCUUCUAGCCGCUCCGCAUCCCCUAUCAAAACAGCACCGGCCGUACGGGCCGGGCCCGGUAACCCGCAGGCCAAACGACCCAGUACAGCCUACUCUACCGGACCCGCCCCCGAACAUCGUAUUCCAGCCGCCGACCUCUCCACCCUCCUCGUCAAAUUCCGGCGGGCCGAGCCGCUCGAUCCGCAGUCGUAUCGCGAGGGCGAAAGUAGGCGGGAGAAGGCGAUGCGGGUGUUUGGGCCAGAGCGGGUGAUUGAGGAUCCGAGAGUCAAGCGGUUGAUGAGCAGGAUUGUGAAUGAGAUAUUGGUGGUGGGUGUGAUUGUGGGCGUGGGGACGGUGGUGCUCUGUUUUGCGGUACCGAUGAGGUUGAAGGCAUAG